GCAGCAGUCGCACACCAAACGCUCCACGGGAACUACGAGUGCCGGUUUGAAUCCGCAUCUCGGACUCUGAUCGCCACGAACGCAAUCACAACAAAAGCCAUCUGAGUCAGUAGAAGUGCGAGUUCGGCUAUCUUGUGUUAGCCGUUAUCAACAGCAAUAUCGUAAACACCAGCAGCAACAGUUGAAAAAAACAGAGGUCGCAGCCGAACCCAAUUGAUUUGCCACAGCACCUCUGCCGCGAUGACAGCCGCCCACGAGCCAACGAUCCACUAUUUGGACAGUGUUCUUAGCGAGGAGGAAAAACGGUGCGAUUACAAUCACCAGUGGCGCAACAUCUCAAUCUCCCGAUCCGGACGCUUCCGUUCGAAGAGCAAGAAGCGGGACACGGUCGACGGCAAGCUCUUCGCUGCCGGAUUGGGAUCUCCAAAGGACAACGAAAAGGUCUCAUGUCGAAGUCCGCCCAACGGAUGUUCCAAGGCUGCAGCCCCUGCAACGACAGGAUUGAUAACGACGCCAGCUACCCAAGCGAGAAGUCAACGUGACCAAGUGCAGAGCUAUAAAAGUUUUUAUGAAACGAAUUUAUAAAUAAUGGCAUUGUCAAGCCGACGGCUAUAUUUUCUGGGUAUUUCCUUUAUAAUGAACACAUUUAUCAUGUAUAUAAGUAUAGCAUGACGCUUUAUUUUAUCAGAUUGAAAAGAUAAGAAAGAGAAAGAAAAGGGGAAAGACAGAGGACUUAUUGCACUACGGGUGGGCUAUGCAGCUCAGGGAAGACAAGUUACACUUCUCGUAGCUUGAUUCAUUUUAUCUUGAUUAGGUGUUCAGUAAGGCAUUUUUCGCACAUAAUCACUUACUCUCUCUUUGCGUAGAUGAAUUAUACUUAAGUAAAAUUAUUAUAAACUGCAUUUUUGCUUGCUUAGAUUG